CCCCCCCCCCCCGCGUGGCGCAGCGGGGAGGGCGCAGCGCCCGUAACUAGAAGAGGCCGAAGGCUUCGCCCCCUGCCACGCUCCCGCCCUGCAGACCCAAGUCUUUAAAUACCGGAUUUGGGACAUGGACCAGAAGUCGCUCUACCUGCGCAAUGACCAGCUGGUGGCCGGGCACCUGCAAGGUGCCAACGCUGCCCUCGAAGAGAAGGUCUUCUGGGUGCCCAACCGCUCCUUCGCCCAAGCCCGGCUGCCCGUCAUCUUGGGCAUCCAGAACGGCACCCGGUGCCUGGCGAGCCGCGCCGCCCCCCAGCCCACGCUGCGGCUCGAGGACGCUGACAUCCGGGCGCUGCCCCACGCCGGCGAGGCCUCGGCGCCCUUCACCUUCUUCCGCUCCUACAAGGACGGGCUGUGGCGCUUCGAGUCGGCCGCCAACCCCGGCUGGUUCCUCUGCACCUCGGCCCGUGCCCACGAGCCGCUGGGGCUCUCGCGGGGCCCCGAUGCCACCCACGUCCUCGACUUCUACUUCCAGCUCUGCUGAGCCCCUGCGGCACUGUCCCCCGUCGCCCCGUACCAAUAA